AUGUAUAAAUAUUAUCUUUCAUUCCUACUUAUUGCUCUAAAUUAUGCUUAACCAGGAACAGUAGCCUGUACACACACAACUUUGUAAACUGAAGCAGCAUGUAAAGCAUCUGGAUAUUGCAAAUGGUCAGGAACCGCUUGCAUUGCUUACACUAUGCCUGAUGACUGUUAUAGAAUUAAUGAAAUUGGAGCUUGUCGUAGUGGUACUACUGGAGUUUAUGUUGCUUCAUCAAAUUGUUAUGAAAUUACAUCUUUAAAUGUACAAUACGAAAAUGUGUGCACUCCUAAUUCUAAUAAAAAAAUUGAUUAUAACUAUGUUAGAUUCCCAAUUUCUAACACAGGAUUAGCUACUCAUUCAUUGACAGGAAUAACAGUUGCAGAUUUAGGAGCUAAAACUGGCACUGCUUUAGCAGACUUUUUAUAUUAAGUAUUCACUGUAAAUAUAUAAUUGGCCACAAAUACUUAAUUAAAUGCAAUUUUAGAUAUGUAUUAUGCUUAUAGAACCGAACUUGUGAAAACAACAACACAUCCUUAUUACAUAGAAAAAGCUCUAUUCUAAACAAUCUAAAAUAUAAGAGUAAUUAUAAAUAACUAUAAUAGGAUGACCCAGCAAUCACUGAUGCCUUAAGAGGUGCUACAAUGGUUAAAUUUUGGUAACUCUGUGGAGUUUUUUUACAAAGAGUCUAAACAUUUAGCAAACAUUAUCAAACUAAUUAUUAUAUUUUAAACUUUGCCUAAACUACCUUUUCUAGAUUAUAUUUAACUAUUAAUGGAUAAGAACAUACAACAACCUUAUCAUGGCUAUCAUACACUAAAAAUGGAUAUGUCUAAGUAAUUUCUUAUCCAGCAGCACAAUUUGGUAUUAGCUAAGCUCCUGCCACUACUAAAGCUUUGAGUGAUGUUUAUUAUGUUAAGAUUAUUGAUGAUACAGCUGUACCAGGAGCAGCCUAUACCACUUUAGCUCCAACUGUUACUUAUAUUAAUUCUGGAACCGCAACAAUUUUAUCCACAGACACUCUAGUCUAUAUAACAGAUAAAACUGCUGGUACUUACGCAGCAGGCACUGCUAUAAAUUCUGGUACAGGAACAGACACUGCUUCAAAAAAGUUAGUUUUCCCUUUACCAACAGGGGCCUCAGAAUAUUUAUUCUAUAUUAAAUAAACUUGAUGCCAUCAUAUAAUUAGAAC